UGACAUCCACAUUUCCAGAGGAAAACCGCGGCGUUUAGAGACGUUGUCCUGAAGUUUCCCUCGCCUCGUCACAUUAUUGCGGAUUACAUUGUCUCCAGAUAUGUAGUCAUUAGACUUUGAAAAUGCUUAUUUAAUAGCCUACAGAAGGACAGUGUUUGCACACAACUGUUAUCUACGCGUCUAAUUUACUCCCUGAUUUCAAACUCAUGUGUGAUUUAAUGCCAGCGGCUCAACCUGCCGAAAAAAUCGGCAAAAUGAAGAAAUUAAGAAGAACUUUGUCGGAGAGCUUCAGUCGCAUCGCCUUCAAGAAAGAAGACAGCGGCUUUGACGAGAUAUGUGUCACCAAGAUGUCCACUCGCAGCUGCCAGGGAUCCGACUCAGUCAUCAAACCCCUGGACACCAUUCCUGAAGACAAGAAGGUUCGAGUGCAGCGGACGCAGAGCGGCUUCGAUGCCUUCGAGAAGCCGGCGAGUCAGGUGAAGCGGGUCCAUUCGGAGAACAAUGCCUGCAUCACCUCCAAAAGCUCCUCCUCUGGGAAAGAGUCUCCAAAACUACGCCGUCACUCCAGUCCUAGUUCUCCCACAAGCCCAAAGUUCGGAAAGGCAGAUUCCUACGAGAAGCUGGAAAAGCUCGGAGAGGGAUCCUACGCAACCGUAUACAAAGGGAAGAGCAAGGUGAAUGGGAAGCUGGUUGCGUUGAAAGUGAUUCGUCUGCAGGAGGAAGAGGGAACUCCUUUCACAGCGAUCAGAGAGGCGUCUCUGCUGAAAGGCCUGAAGCAUUCGAACAUAGUGCUGCUCCACGACAUCAUCCACACGAAGGAAACCCUGACGCUGGUGUUUGAGUAUGUGCACACAGAUCUGUGUCAGUACAUGGACAAGCAUCCCGGGGGUCUCCAUCCGGACAACAUCAGGCUGUUCCUGUUCCAGUUAUUGAGGGGUCUGUCUUACAUCCAUCAGCGCUACAUCCUUCACCGAGACCUGAAGCCACAGAACCUGCUCAUCAGCGACACAGGCGAGCUCAAACUGGCCGACUUCGGUCUGGCUCGUGCGAAGUCGGUCCCCAGCCACACGUACUCUAAUGAGGUGGUGACUCUCUGGUAUCGUCCUCCAGACGUGCUGCUCGGCUCCACUGACUACUCCACCUGUCUGGACAUGUGGGGUGUUGGAUGCAUCUUCGUGGAAAUGAUCCAGGGAGUGCCGGCAUUCCCGGGCAUGAAGGACAUUCAGGAUCAGCUGGAGAGGAUAUUCCUGGUUUUGGGGACGCCGUCGGAGGACACGUGGCCAGGUGUUCACUCGCUCCCGCACUUCAAACCAGAUCGCUUCACCGUCUACAGUCCCAAGAAACUCAGACAAGCCUGGAAUAAGCUGGGUUAUGUAGAUCAUGCUGAAGAGCUGGCUUCCAGAUUUCUCCAGUGCUUCCCAAAGAACCGUGUCUCGGCCCAGGCGGCGCUCCACCAUGAGUACUUCAACCAUCUGCCCCCGAGACUCUGGGAACUGCCUGACAUGUCUUCUAUCUUCACCGUUCCGACCGUGAAGUUACAGCCUGAAUCUGGCGACAGCAUCCAGGUGUGCAGUAAGACCAACAGUCACGGCAAGGGGACGUCAAACAGCAAACACUGACCUGGACGAGCGCCCGCCGGGACCCAAACAGGUUGACGCUGUCAGUUGGGACAAGGAAGAAAAUGAGAUGGGAAUGACUCUUCAUGUUUAUUUAAAUUAUUUCAUUUUCGGCUGAUUUGACCGUCCAUGUGGGACUGAGAGCAACCACGGCAACGUGAAUCCAGUUUUACCAUCAGGAAUAUUGCGUAACAUUCCCACAUCGACGGCGGCGUUCGUUUACAUCAGACUUCAAAAGGCAAUUAAUACGAACUGUUUGUGUAUGUAGCUACCUGUGUACGAAAGUAUGUUUGUACAGUUAAAUAUACAUGUCUAUCUAAGAGAACAAACCAAAUGCCCUUCCGCGCACAAUCACGCAUUAGAAGAAAGUCCGAGCUGGCGUUUCGCAUUUCCCCUGCAAUCUUCCGCAUUGAUGGCCACGGCACGAUCCCGCUGCGCACCCAAUAACGAUGACAAUAACUCCCACAGUAAUAAGGAUAUUGCGGUUGCAGCCUGAUGGUGCACAUUGACUCCCUGCAGGGACUGCGCUAAAGCAAUUAACAGCAUCACUAACCAUCAUUCAGGCGGAUAAAUACGGUCCUCGAGUCUCGUGUUUGUGUAAAUGAGUGUUAAAUACAGGCAAUACGCCUGCACUGGUGCUACUGUGCUUGAGUAAGACAGACGGUCGUCCGCGUUUGGAAAUUAAUCUGUGUUCACUGUUCCUUCCGAAGGCCCAUGACAAUCUUAUAAUGAAUUGCACUUGCUGACUGAUCAUUAAAAUGACCCGAACCAUUUUUGCAACAUUACUUUGAACUGUUAAUGGAUGUUCACACAGGACUUGUUCUUGAAUUCUGGAUUUUUUUGUGGAAAUCGUAUGUCUGUGCAUUUUUGCAUUACAUUUAUGCACUUUGUAGAUGUAGAUUUCAACUUACAUUGCAUUUAAAGUUUUAAUGUGUUCAUGCAUUCACUGAGAGUCGAACCCAUGAUCUUGACGUUGCUCUACUGUUUUAACUUAAGGCCGUAUGUCCACUAAAACAUUUUUCCACGCGCCUGGCGUAUGUUUUCAAUUGUUUUCAAUGGGAGCGCCGCGUUUUUUAAACGUAACUAGGCGCUGAGCGGUUAUUUCACGCUGAGAGCUCUGCGUUUUUACAGGUCGCCGAGAGUUGAAAAAUGUUCACCUUUGGGUAAAACGCAACGCUCAUCACCGUCACUUUUUACCCAGCCGUCCAAUCACAGUGAAGGAGGGGCGGGACUAAACCAC